AUGAACUCUCUCCUCGCCUUUGCUGUGCUGUUUGCCUGGGGCUUGUCCCCGGCUCACGGGAGCCUCUGGGAGCUGCACAAGAUGAUCACGAAGGUGACGGGGAAAAACGCCUUGCUGCAUUACUCCUCCUACGGCUGCUACUGUGGUGUGGGGGGCAGAGGGCGGCCCAAGGAUGACACAGACAGGUGCUGCCAGCUGCAUGAUACCUGCUACGACAACCUCCUGAUCUAUGGCUGCAAUGGCAAGAAGCAGGGCUACCACUACGACUGGCACGACGGCAGCCCCUCCUGCAGAGAGGGCUCCUGGUGCGCCCAGCUCUCCUGCGAGUGCGACCGCAGCCUGUCCCUCUGCCUCCAGCAAAGCAUCAAGAGCUACAGCAAACGCUACCGCUUCUACCUCAGGCAUUGGUGCCCCGCUGAGAGGAAGAUGAAGGUCCUGCUGACACUGGCGGUGCUGUCCGCCUGCAGUGUGUUCACGGCUCACGGGAAGCACCCCCGCACGUUCGCACCAGGACUCGAGGGAAGCACCGUAGGAAAUCUGACUGCCCAAGCCUGUUACUCGGGACAGGGCAGCAGCGGCACGUCAAUGGACUGGUGCUGCCUGCGCCGUGCCUGCUGCUACGCCAGGCUGGCUGCGCGGCGGUGCCGCGUGGGACCGAUCCAGCCCCUCUCGGUGCCCGGGGCAAGAAUCCCCACCUGCCGUGAGUCCCCGCAGUCGCGGUUCGGGACGCCUUUCUCCUGA